UAAAAAUAAAAAAAUUCCCUUGACUGGAGCGAUCCGUAAAUUCGCACAACCGUGCUGCCCUGCUUAUCCCUCGUUUCGCCUCCGCUGAGCCGUUGUUAGGGGUAUUUCCAGUACGGUCCAUCAUGGAAGCUGGCAAGGAGUUGAGCGAGGAUACCACAGAAUCAAAGGACACAGAGAGGUGUACGGAGGCUGAAUGCAGCCAGGAAACAGAUAACGGUCUCGAUGGAGGGUUUGCAGCGUGGUCUGUGGUAUUUGGCGCAUGGUGCUGCCUUUUCUGCGCAUUUGGUUGGGUUAACGCUAGUGGUAAUUUCCAAGAGUAUUAUGAGACUCAUCAGUUACGCGACUAUUCUUCUUCUAGUAUUUCAUGGAUCCUUUCACUGGAGCCUUCUGUUCUCUUCGCCACUGGACUCGUUGUUGGCAAGGUAUUUGACAAUUAUGGGCCUCGGUGGCUCCUUAUCACGGGAACAUUCCUACAUGUGUUUGGUCUAAUGAUGACUUCGGUCUCCUCUGAGUACUAUCAAUUUGUACUGGCCCAAGGCAUCUGUAGCCCCCUUGGAGCGAGCUUUGUUUUCUACGCCGGGCUCUCUUGCACAGCCACCUGGUUCCAGGAGCGCCGCGCCCUUGCCUUCGGAAUCGUGGCGAGCGGCUCGUCUCUGGGUGGAAUUGUGUUUCCGAUCUUGUUAACCCGACUGCUGCCAACGGUGGGAUUCGGAUGGUCGUUGCGCAUCUCAGGGUUUGUGAUUCUGGCUCUGCUUAUCAUAGCCAACCUGAUGGUUCGCUCGAGGAUCAAGCCCGUUCCAAGGCCCUUUACCAUCAACGACUACACUGACCCCUUCUCAGAGCCAACAUUUGUACUACUCAUGUUGUCAGUAACCUGUGGAUUCUUUGCCAUGUUUAUUCCAAUCAACUACAUCGUGCUUGAGGCAGUGAAGAAUGGUAUAGACGCCAACUUGUCGGGCUACUUACUUGCAAUUCUAAACGCCGGAAGUUUGCCAGGCCGUAUCCUACCAGGAUACUACGGAGACAAGCUUGGUCGAUUUAACGUUAUGAUUGCCAUGUGCGCCUUUUCAGCACUAAUAUUGCUUGUCAUGUGGCUCCCUGGAACUCUGGUUGCUCCCCGCUCCGCAGCCGUGUACGUCGUCACCAGUCUACUAUACGGCUUUGCGUCGGGAGCAUUUGUAGGGAUGGUGCCGGCGCUACUAGGCCAGAUCUCUCCCGACAUAACGAAGAUCGGUGUGCGGCAGGGGGUCCUCUUCACGUGUAUCAGCGUCGCGACACUAACAGGAAGUCCUAUUGCCGGGGCAAUCCUCAGUCAGCAACACGGGGCCUUUUGGGGACUGCAGGUCUUUGCGGGUGUAAUGAUGGUAGCCUGUGUUCUGUUUCUGAUUCUCGCGCGGAUAACGCUAGUCGGCUGUGCUUUGAGGGUCAAGGUGUAGACCAUUAAGCUGGGCUAUCAAAGGAGUAAAAAUGGCCAUACGGGAAGAGGCACAGGUCUUAAAGACAAGUGUGCUAUAGGUUUAGGCGGUGUCCUCUGUGCAUACUGUGUAAUAUGUAUUAUGAUCCUUGCCUGAUCUUAGCUGAGGAUCGAUAUCAGCCAUUUAACCUGAUAGACUUUUGAACGGCAG